GUGCGGAGGGGAGGGGAGGGCAGCGCAGGGGCGGAGGGAGGGAGCCGCCGGCAGCGGAGGCGGAGGGACGGGGCGCAGCAGCCCCACAGCCACCCUGCGCCUCUCGGCCGGCGGCAGCUCCCCGGGACGGCCGGCGCCUCUCUCCUCCGGCAUGUUUUAAGCCCAGCACUGCCCGCUCGCCUUCGGGCUUCCCUUCCUGCCGCCGUAGGGUCCCGUUCCGUUGCCCCCCCGUUCGGUCCUUGCACAUCACCCAUUCGAAAGGCCGGCGGCUUGGGGGGGGAGCUGGGCUAGUGGGCGCCCGGGGGGCGGGGGGCGAGGGCAGAAAAGCCCCGCUCGGUACCAUGGCGUCCAGCUAUGCCCACGCCAUGGAGAGGCAGGCUCUGCUGCCCGCCCGCCUCGACGGCCCCGCCGGCCUGGACAAUUUACAAGCCAAGAAGAACUUCUCUGUGAGUCACCUGCUGGACCUAGAGGAGGCGGGCGACAUGGUGGCAGCCCAGGCGGACGAGGGCGGCGGAGAGCCUGGCCGGAGCUUGUUGGAGUCCCCCGGGCUGACCAGCGGCAGUGACACCCCGCAACAGGACAAUGAUCAGCUGAACUCAGAAGAGAAGAAGAAAAGAAAGCAGAGGAGAAACAGGACUACCUUCAACAGCAGCCAGCUCCAGGCAUUAGAGAGGGUCUUUGAGAGGACACACUACCCUGAUGCCUUUGUACGGGAAGACCUUGCACGCAGAGUCAAUCUCACUGAAGCCAGAGUUCAGGUGUGGUUCCAGAACCGGAGAGCCAAGUUUCGCCGGAAUGAGAGAGCGAUGCUGGCCAGCAAGAACGCCUCUCUGCUCAAAUCCUACUCAGGGGACGUGACCGCUGUGGAGCAGCCCAUAGUACCUCGCCCAGCUCCGAGACCCACUGACUAUCUCUCCUGGGGUACCGCCUCACCUUACAGUGCCAUGGCCACUUACUCCGCCACGUGUACCAAUGCCAGCCCGGCACAGGGUAUGAAUAUGGCCAACAGUAUUGCCAACCUGAGACUGAAGGCAAAGGAAUAUAGUUUACAGAGGAAUCAAGUGCCCACAGUCAAUUAAUGACUGGAGGCAUCUGCCUUGCAAAAGGAGAAAAUACAACAGCACCCGUCCUGCUUUGCAACUUCUCUGUGCUAAAAGAAAAAAAAAAACAAAACACAACAAAAAACCACACACACCAAAAAAAAAAAAAAAAAGAAAGAAAAAAAAAAGAAAAAGAUUAAAAAAAGUCAACCCUAACCCAGAACUGACAUGGGGACCAAACUGGGAGCAAACUGAACCGCUCAUGAGUAACAAGGUUCCUCCUUCCUUUUGGGAUAAUGCCACCACUUUUAUUUUUCUUGUAAUUGUCAGGUUUAUUGCUUCUGCUCAAUAUACUACGAGCUUCUUCAGUAAAGGACAGUCUCACCCUUGUUGGUUUCCAUUUUUGUAUGGGACAGCAAAAAAAAACCUCUGCUGAUCUCAGCUCAUGGACAUAUCCCACCCACCAUCAUGCUGAGAUACAAAGCUUCCCCCCCUGCCCCAGCUCACCCUAGAAGUUUCUUUGGUCACAGCUUUCUGUUGUACCCACCUGACCCUCCAUCCCUCCAGUCCCCUGUGCCACAGAAGCAGCACCGUUACCAUUAGUCUGCAAGAAACCCAUUAGUGCAACGAGAUGGGGUCAUCCUACCCAGGUUACCUGGACCAGUUUGAUACAUGAGGAAGACCUCCUUAGGCUUUGCAGCGCUUCAUUGCUUCCUUGAGUAUUCCCAGCACUGCUUCCUCAAAAAGCCAAAGAAGAGAGAAAAGCCAACAUGGGUGUGAGGUGGGGGGGAGGGGGGCCUUCUGGAGGGAUCGCUCUGUAGUGCCAAGAAUAGGACUGUUAGGACAAUCCUUUCUAUGCCUUACAGUUUGCGCCACAGGGAAAGGCGUUGUCCAGAUGCAUUUGUUUUAUAUAUACUGUAUAUAUUUAUAUAUAUAAGAUAAUACAUGCAAGCUUGGUUGGUGUUUUUUAUUAAACAAAAUAAAAUCCAUUGAAAAUGU